GGGGAGUAGCGCGCGAGUUCCAGUCGGCGCGCCGCCCGCAGCUGCUGACGAUCAAGCAGCGCCGCGCCAAGUCCAGUUUUCGAGCCUUGCAGUGGAUCCACCAGCGAUGCCGGGAGGUCGUCGCGCUGCUCCGUGCUGGCAGGCGCUUCGCGGCGCUGUCCGGCGGGGCCCUAGAGAUCCCCUUCGAUGUUUUUGUGCUGGUCAGGCUCGCUGGCAACCUCGACGCGUGGACGCAGGCCCUGAUCAUCUCCCUGUUUCGCAUCGCCCUUCAGUUUGGCCUGGUGUCGUGCCUGCGGCCGCGGGCGCUGCUCCUGGCUGGCCAGGCAUCGGCGUAUAUUUCCUCAUCGCAAGGGCAUGGCGGCAGGUUCGAGCUCAGUCACUUUCGGGAUUGCGUGCCGCAUGCCCCCAGUUGCCUCGACCUUCCCACCUGACCUGGGCCCCCCCUGGACGUCCAUAUUGGCGAUUUCAGCCUCGAUCACAGGGGCCCCCGUUUGUCCCGGCUUAUCGCGAUAACGCGGCAGGCAGUAGCGUAUCCAGUGGACCGCAUGGCCGCGGAGCUCAGCCUUCCGUUUGCCAUGGGCAAGUUUGCCAUGGUUGGCAACUCAGAGCUGCCCCCCCGACGCGCGACUGCCAGUUUAGGUGUUUGCGCGGGCCCCGGUGGAGGGCAGCCAGCAAUCAUCAAUCUUGAAGUAGAUUUUGCGCCAGGGAAGUCCCGUGCCCAGCCCAAGGCCCCAGUAAAGUGGAAGGCCAGAUGGCAAAAGCCAAGACCCGCUUGGUCAAAAUCUCAGGCCUCGCGGGGCCCUAGAAGAGGAAGGAGGCGAAGCUGGUCUUUUGUGGGGCGAAGCCCGGUCUGACCCGCGGAGAAGACAUCGCGGGCUGGUUCCCAGGAGAGAUCGAACAGCGCGGCGUCGCGGAGCUGCGGCUCGAUGUCUUUCCUCGGCAGGUGCCAGUUUGAAGCUGGCCUGGCCGUUGGAUCCAGACGAGGGCCCCCUCAGCCGCGCCUCAGCCGGCCUCGGUCGAUAUUGCAGAGAGCGGUGGGUGGCCGCCCGUGGCGUCCUGAGGGCCCGUGACGGCCUCUCCCCCUUGGAACUCAGCAGGGCCUUCGACAGUGCUAAGGACCGUUUGGAUUGCCUCCGCCAGGACUCCAGCUGGGCCAAGAAGCGCUUCGGAGUUCUCGGGGACACGGUCUGCUGGGCCCAGAUGGUUUCGCGGGUUUUUGUUCGCCCUGCGAGAGUGCGUCGGCCCAAUGGGCUGGAAAUGCCCCUCGCCGAGGCCCCGCCGCGCGCCGCCGGAGCUACCUUCCUGGAGGACCUCAGAGCCGCCCCUUUGUUGAAGCCUGUCGCCGACAGGGGGCGUCCUCUGGGCGACGCGGAGUUCUCGGAGCAGGAGCUUGAGAUCCAACCUUCGGGGCUCUGGGCUCACCCGCGCCGGACCUGCUGGGGGAGCCCGAGACGCCCCUUCCGUCGCGGGCACCUGGUCCGUCAGUCUCUUUGCGGCGGCUACGUGGCUUCAGCGAAGCUCCGCAGCUGGGGCUACCAGGCCUCGCCGUUGCGCAGCCUACGCGAGCGUGCCCGAGACGCGGCCUGGCACCGCGCAUGGGAGUGCAGCGCCAAGGAGCGUGCGCGGAGCCGGCGCGUGUGCUGGCCGACGUGCGCCGUCGUCUGCCGCUUCCUCCUCUGCCGAGCAGUGCCAGCGCAGCCCCUGCAGGGCAGGUGUGAGCCAUGGCUGCAAGGGGGGCCGCCGUCGGGGCAGUUCAGUGAGCCACUAGCGGUGCGGUCCCACCGUGUGCGCGGCGCGGUUGCAGGGGCGGGGGUGCAUGACGCACGAACCCCCACCCUUGUGAGGUCGCUCCAAG